CUCUCUCCAAAGAGGAGCAAAAGAAGAUCAACAAAAGGCUUGGCAGAGAGAAAACAGAGAAGUUAAACCAAAGCAAUGCAAGGAUCAAGGAAGAUGGAUUUGAAGCAAUUACAGAAUGUAAUGAAAGAGCCAAAAGUUGGCGUGGUGGUGAAGACUGAGACCCCCAUUUCUGAUGACAUUCAACACAAACCAGAACUCGAUUCUGGCUCUGCUCUUCAACUCUUUCUUGAUCGCAUUCCCAUCACUUCAAUUCCUGGCAUCAAAAACUCACCUGAAAUACAAAUUUUGGAACUGAAUGCUGGGCAUGGUGUAAGGGAAGCUAUACAAAUGUUGUAUGAGAGGGAUGUAUGUGCUGCGCCCAUUGCUGAUGCUUUAGACCCUGAUGCAACAACCAUUGCAAGAUUUUCGGAUCGGUAUAUUGGUUUUAUUGAUUUUGCGAGCAUCUUUCUUUGGUCACUGCACAAAUGUGAAAAACCCCAUGUUAAAACCAAAGAAAAUGGUGGUGAGAGUUUCUUCACCAUGCUUGAUCAAAAUCCUCAAAUUGGCCACACCAAGAUCGGUGAGCUAGCUACAGAAUUUCUAUGGGAUCCCUUCUUCCCUGUGCGCUUAGAUGACACGCUCUUUCAUGUUCUGCUACUGCUUUCGAAGCACCGCCUACAAGUCGUGCCUGUCGUAGAGCAACCAAAAUCGCAGGUCAUUGGUUUUGUUACACAGAGUGCAGUAAUGCAGCUGCUACUUCAAUCAAGUGGACUAGACUGGUUCGAUAGAAUUGCAGACAGAGCUUUAUCCGAGUUCCGGUUUGAGAAUGGAGAUCAUGUCGUUCAAGUAUGUGGAGACCAAAGCUUAGCAGAAGGUCUUCGGAUGUUAUGCAAGAACCAAGUAGAUGCAAUUGCAGUUGUUAAAAGAGAAACCAGGAGACUUAUUGGUACUAUCACAAGAAGUGACAUUUACCUUCUUCUGGAGAAUGAUAAUCUCAUCCCCAAUAGAGAGACUCUAACCACAGAGGAAUUCAUUCAUAUGGAGACUGGUAGAGCAGACUCCGACCCCACCAUUGAACGAGACAUCGGAGCCCUUAUCUCAGCAGGGGCUCUCCGCCUAAAAAACAGUUUCCUUCCAAGAAUGGACCAGCCGGUGACUAAUAAGAAAAUGGACACCCUCAAGGAAGCCAUGAAGAAGCUGGCUGAUACAAAGAGCAAUUUCAGUUUUCUGGUAAAUGAUUCACAUCAGGCAACAGGUUUACUCACGAUAAGAGACAUAAUCAUUCAAUUUGCUCCACCCUGCAUAGACUCAAGUUUUCAUGGAGACGGUUUCUUUGAAUCUGCUCUAGAACAGACCGGAUGCAAAGUCAAAAAUGGAACCAUAGCCCGUAAUAGUUGAUUUGUUUACUUAUGGAGAGAUCAAUAAACAGUGAGAAGAUAUUAAUCUAACGGUGUCUAUGAGUACAAGGUUUAUGUCUUUACGAUAGGCUGAUUGAUGCCAAGUUUACUGCUUGUAACUUAAGCUAAUGCUUCUUUAUCACUACAGCAAAUUGGAA